AUAGGGCGGGGAAGGAGACAGGAAGGCGGGCCGGACUUCUGCCAGCCUCAGGAUGGCCUUGGCUGUCUGUGCUUCAGCUGUGGGGCUGAGAGCUUAAAAGUUUCCCGGGGGAAGGCCAGGGGCAAGGUUUUCCCUGUCCCAAGCAGAUCUGGAUGGGGGGACCUUGUCAUUAUGGAGGGGGUACUAUACAAAUGGACCAACUAUCUAAGCGUUGCUGACAUGUUUCUGCACCUUAAUUGGAGUCCACCUGUGGCUGGCAACCUCGGUGGUUCCUUCUUGCAGGAGGUGUGUUAUCCUAUUAUGACUCACGGGAAGAUGCUUGGAAAGGAUGUAAGGGGAGCAUUCAGAUGGCAGUUUGUGAAAUUCAAGUUCAUUCUAUAGAUAAUACACGCAUGGACUUGAUAAUUCCUGGAGAACAGUGCUUUUAUCUCAAAGCUAAAGAUACAGCUGAAAGACAAAAAUGGUUGGUUGCCCUGGGAACUGCCAAAGCUUGUUUGACAGAUAUUCGGACAUUAAAAGAAAAAGAAUUCACAGAAAACACUGUAAUAUUGAAAACAAAAAUGGCAGAACUUAGAUUAUAUUGUGACCUCCUGGUUCAGCAAGUGGAAAAAAUUAAAGCAACUACUACAACUUCACAUGUUCAGCAUGGAAUUAAUAUGGGAGCACUAUUGAGCUCCAGCUGUGCCACAUUCCUGAAGACUCUUGAAGAAUGUAUGCAGAUUGCAAAUGCUGCCUUUUCUUCUGAAGUGCUUCAACAUACUCCAGGAGAAACUUCAUAUUCAGUUAUUCGCAAAUUAAACAAGCUGAAACUUCCUGCCAUACUUAGCCGCAGUGUAACAGAAAGGAAGAUGGAACUAAAGAAACAUGAAAAUGGGUCUAUUUAUAAAAAUACUACCCUUUGUGAAAAAACUUUUAUUGAAAAAUCAUCCCCUGUACCCCUAAAGAGAAGUGAAAAGAAAGGUAGCCCCAGUAAAGAUGGAGAAAAUAAGCUGCUACCACAAGGGAACAUUCAAGAGGACAAACCUUUAGAGCUUUUAGAAGAAUCUGUAAACAGAUCAGCAGACACAGAUUUUCCUACUUUCUUCAGUGCUAUGAACUAUAGAUUUAGUGAUAUCAAGCUAUUUGAGGAUGGAGGAAUACCAACAGAAGAAUUUCUGAAUUCCUGUUAUGAAAUAGUUCCAGUCUUGGACAAACUUGGACCCACAGUCUUUGCCCCUGUUAAAAUGGAUUUUGAAGGAAAUAUAAAGAAAAUAAAUCAGAAAUAUAUAACCAACAAAGAGGAUUUCUGCACCCUUCAAAAAAUUGUCCUUCAUGAGUUGAGCACUGAAGUGGCCCAAAUUCGACACUCUGCUACACAGGCCCUCCUCUGGCUUAAAAGAGGUUUAAAAUUUUUGAAGGAGUUCUUGACAGAACUAAAGAAUGGAGAGAAAAACAUCCAAACAGCACUGAACAAAUCUUAUGGCAAAACAUUACGACAGUAUCAUGGCUGGGUUGUUCGAGGAGUUUUUGCGCUAGCUCUAAGAGCAUCUCCCACCUAUGAAGGCUUUGUGGCUGCAUUGUCGCUUGCAGAAUGUGAAAAUCAAGAAGAAGCUUUUUAUCAUGGAAUGCAGCGGGACCUUAAUGUUUACCUACCAGCCAUGGAAAAGCAGCUCAACAUCUUGGAUGCAUUGUAUGAAGAACAUGGACUAGAGUCAGAUGAAGUGGUCUGAUCUCAGCCCAACAUUGCUUUGCAUAUUCAGGGAUUCUGUCUAUCAAUGUACUACAUUGCUCUUUUCCUCAGAAAGCUGUAUCUGUUUUUGUUUUUUCCAUACAUGGGAAAGAAUUCCAUGCUUCUUCUUUUUUUUAAUAUACAGUUUUAAAAAAAUACUUGUUUUGUGUUUUAAAUGCAAAGUUGCUGUAUAAUCUAGCUGGGUUCCACCUAUCUUUAUGGCAAGGUCCUUAGAAUAGAUAUUGUAUUUUGCUUAUUUGCUGAAUAACAGGCCAAAUAUGGCAGUGGUUCCAAUCUGAGGAGUUUAGUGCCAUUUGGUUAGACAUUUAGAACUUGCUGGAGCAUUUAUUCCAACACAGUGAUAUAUACCUGCAACUAUAAAACUCAACCGAGAUAUCCAAGAUACACAUCCCAUUCAAAUUAGAAUCUGUCUUGUAAGGAUUUGUAUCACAACUACAUCUGUUGUUCUCCCUUCCUUUGCCAAAUUCAUCAUUGAAUUUUGAAACAACAGGCUGUAUCUAUUAGGGGAGCUGUAGCAAUGAACCAACUCCAUUCUACUUACAGGGAUGAUAUAUCACCUCUUAAUAGCAUUAACUUCUUCUGUCCUGGAGCGGUAUUUUAAUGCUACCCCAGAAACACCAGGGGAAAAAGAGUUAAUUCUGAUACUCUGCCCUGUGCCAUAAUUGAGUCUAGUCCUUUCCAGUGCUAAUAACCAAAUGCCCCUGGAUUCUAGGACUGGAAGUAUAUACUUAACAUCAUAUAGUGCAGAAGUGCUUUAAGUCUCAAACUGAUAUACUUUGGAUUGGACAGAACUUUGAAAACCUUAUCAUUGCAAUUUCCACACUUUUCAUAUUAGAAGCCUAUAUUUUAUGGUUUGUCUAGCACUAUCAGAUCUGGCUAAAUUUAGAACAAAAUGAGAUUAAGGGGUUGAUAAACAGUCCAUAAUGGUGGGAAACCUUUAACAUUCUGUAUAGGCUGGGCCAUCUAUAUGAAUGUAAUUAAAACAAACUUGCAGCAUUCUGGCAUUUUUAGGAUGUAAACUAUUAGGAACUAUUAAUUAGAAAUUUCAAAGAAAACUUGAAGUUCUGGGAUUAGAAAACUAAAGUUGGUUUCUGAAUGUAGCCGUGGUGGCUCAGUGGUUAGAAUGCAGUACCGCAUGCUACUUCUGCUGCCUGCUGGUUGCCUGCAAUUUGGCAGUUCAAAUCUCACCAGGGUCAAGGUUGACUCAGCCUUCCAUCCUUCCGAGGUGGGUAAAAUGAGGACCCAGAUUGUUGGGGGAUAUAUGCUGACUCUGUAAACCGCUUAGAGAGGGCUGUAAAGCACUGUGAAGCGGUAUAUAAGUCUAAAUGCUAUUGCUAUUGCUACCUGAUCCUCUUCCUCCAAGAAGCUUGGGUAAAAAAUUGCUAGUCUAUAAAAUUUGGAAUAUUCUAUGAUUAACUAGGCACAAAUGCUGUCAUUUAUACAUACCAGCAUUUAAGUCAAUAGAAUUAUUGUAGAAUAUUAUAUUUUGCCAUCUAAUCAAAUGCAAUGAUUGGAUAACUCAGGAAAUUCAGAAACUUUUUGUAUUAUUUCUCUUUUUAAGCAUUUAUAUUUUGCUUUUAUAUUCAAUAUACAAAGUAGUGAGUUUAGAAUUCAUUAUAGAAAUAGUCUUAUUUCUAUAUUGCCAAGGGUCUUAUCAUGUAAUUUUGUUAACAAUUGGUACAUGAAAUAUGUUUUUCUUCUUUCACACAUUUAUAUACCCAUGCUCUUUUAGAAGUAGUUUUUUUUUAAAGUCAUAAGGCCAUGUUAAAAAAGAAAAAAGGAAAGUAGAUCUUCCUGAAUCGAAUGUACAAUACUGCAAUUAGGAGGCACUUUACAAUACUGCAAUUAGGAGGCACUUUGUUAAUAUUCUAACUUGGAAAAUUUCCCGCUUGUAAAUAUUUCUUCAAAAAUAAUUCUUUUGUUUUAAGAGAAAAAAAAAUGAUGAAAUUAUUUUCCAAUUUUUGUAUUAUAGACAAUUAGCACCAUUUCAAGCUGAAGUUUGGGAAUAUCUUUUAAUUUUCUUUUCUUUUACUCACCAAGUGAAAUCCAAAGGGAAGAACUGACUAGUUACUUUGUUUACUUCACUACUUGCAACCAAACUAAGAAAGGAAAUUAAUAGUAUAAUGGUGGAGCUUGAAGGUGGAAAAAAGGACUAAUGUUGAGUCCUUAACUUUUAGUGGCCAGAAUAGGUAUCUGAAAAUACCUUUCUUUAUCUCCCUUCCAACUUGCUUUCCCCCGCCUCCCCACCCCAGCCCACCCUGGCUUUGAGGCAUGAGAGGGAAUUAACUACACUAGCUUAGGGAUUGUCUUACAUAAGGACUUUGGAGUGGGGGGAAUUCAUCGGAUUUUCAGCACACCUCCAGCGUCCCGUAUUUUCUUCUGUAAGAGCACCACUAAUGGGAGACAUUUUGGAGCAAAACUGAUUUGUGGAAAUCCAUCAGCAUAAGUGCCAUCCUACCAGUGGGAUUUUCUCACUUCUAUUAGAAUGGCCUCUGGACUACUUUUGAGGCUUCCUCAUUUAAGACAACACCAAAGCAUAUCUAUGCAGAAUUUAGAGUAAUAAUGACCUGAUCAGGCAAUGUGUUGUCCUCUACAUGCUUAACUCCUUUUGUUAGCUUGCCCAUCAUGGCAGCCUUGUUUGACAGAUUGAUAGUGAUGACAGUGAAUGUAAUAUGAGCGGCAAGCUAUGCACAUUUCUACUUGUUGAUUAAGGUCAGCCUGCAGUUCUAGUUAUGUAUCAUAUUUUGCCAUUGUUUUGUAUAAUACAUUUUAUUGUUUUUUUACCCUAGUCAUUCUUUCACUGUCACAUUCUCUUAAUUAGAUGAUUUUCUUACUUGAUGAAGGGUUAUGUAAUUUAUGAUGGAAACCUUGCUUUUCCAGGGAAUAUGAAAUGUUGACAAUUACCCCACAAUGAUAUGUAUGAUGUGAAGUUAUAAUUUUUCAUAUUCGGUAUGUUGCCAUUUCUAAGACAUCAUGCUUUUAUCAAACCAAAUUAAGUGAUAGUAAUGUCCAAUUGAUAAAUUACACAGCAUAUUAUGUGAGUUGUGAUGAAAAAUGCCUUUAUUUUUACUGAAAAAACUAUUCUGUUCAGAAUUGGAAAAACAAGGAUGUAGUUUUCCACCAAAUAGCAGAGGAGAUUUGUAUAGAAAAGUAAGUGAAUUUGUAAUACCUUUAAAUGUGGAUGUGAUUUGCUUUACUUGGAUGAAAUGAAUGUUACCCCUGGUUGGUUUAAAUCAGUUAAUUUUUUGCUAAUUGUGUAUUCUCAGGAAAAUGAGCAGCAAAGCAAAAAUAGUCUGUAUUUUACAGUGAAGCUGUUUUUCAUGUAAAUACUCUAUAUAUAAGUUUCAUAUCUCUGUUCUUAUUAUAAAUUGUUUGGGACUUGGGUAACAUAUGAGAAAGCAAUUGGAAAUUUCAUAAACUGCAAUUGACUUGUAUGAUUUGCAUACUCUAAACUUCUAUCAAGCAACAUAUGGUGAAACUGUUAGAAUUUCUUUAUCUCACCCUCAGUAGUUGAAUGUAUCAGACUUUGAUAAUUUGUAAUCUUUCUUUUAAAAUAUACUCUUGAAAGCAAAAUUGCCACAUUCUGAUGGUGUUUCUGAUUCAAGAUAACAGUGGAUCAUAGAAAGAUGUUAUGAAACAUUAUGUUAUAGCAGGAAUUUAAACAUAAUUUUCCUGUAAAAAAGGCAAAUAGAGUAUCAUCAUGAGAAUUAUUUACAAGUAAUGCACAUAAUUCUGCCAUGCUACAUAUUUGUUUUAUUUUCUUCUGUUUCUUUUUGUUCAACAUAGUCCAUGCCUUGAAAAUGGACAAUAUUUCUUUUAGUUACUGGACUUUGAAGUGCAAUCCAAAGAUGAUGAUCUCUCCUCUUUAUUGGAAAUGACAAUACAUAGAAUGCAAUCUUAUUAACCUGAAUAAUAAACUUGGGAUAUUAUUGUCUCUG